UUUCUCUAUGUUAAGAUCACAAGUUUAGAAACAGAGUUACUUGAAGUGCAGAAGAGCAAAACUGAGAUGAGUGGGGAAGAGCAGGCAUCAUCUGGAGCACAAGAGAUGCAAGAGAUGCUGGAAAGCUGUCAGGAAACGAUAGAAAAGUUGGGAAGUCAACUGGGAGAGCGGAGAGAGCGUAGAAAGCAACUUGCAUCAGAGCUUGAACUGUUACGAGAAGAUCUGAAGGCUGAGCAGAAGGGGUUGCCUGACUCCAAAUCAGAGUUUACAAGCCAUUGUAAUAACUUCCUGAGUCUCCAAAGAACAUCAGCAAGCAGGGAUCUCAUUAAUGUAUCCUACCAAAGAAAAUCAAAGUCGUGGUGUUUUCUGACCUUACAGGUCUCUGAGCUCCCAGAAGAAAGAGAAAAGAUUAAUAAACUUGAGCAGAAACAUGAAGAUCUAUGUACAGAUGAAAAGACAUAUGAAGAACAGAUGGCUAAAGUAGUAUUUUUGGAAGAACAGAUCAAAAACUUGAGGGAUGAACAAGAACUGCUCUGUUCUGAAUUACUAGAAAGCAACAAGAAGAGGGAGGAGCUAGAAAAGCAGCUAAAAGACAGCAAUGAAGAAAAACGGUUGUUACUGGAAGAAAUUGCCCAGCUAAAACAAGAUCUCCUGACUACCCGGGAGCAGGACGGCAGCAUGCUUGAAGAAACUUGGAGGAUGAAUCAAGGCAUGGUGCGUAGAGAGAACAGGUUUCUCGUGUCUCAGAGCUCUGCAGUCAGUUUAGAUGGGAGCGUUAAACAGAGUCUGUCUGAUGAGAGAUUCCAGCAGCAGGAGGAAAAAUUGCAGCAACUGCGGCAGGACUUGCGUCGCGUUCAGAACUUGUGCAGCUCAGCCGAGAGGGAGCUUAGAUACGAAAGGGAGAAGAACGUCGACUUACAAAAGCAAAAUCUCUUGCUCCAACAGGAAUGCACCAAGGUCAAAGCUGAGCUGAAGCAAGCCCGGGCAAAACUCUCGGACGCAACUGAAACAUGCUCCUCUCUCUCAGCACAGUGGGAAAAAAGCCAGCAGAAGGUCAAAGAACUCGAACAAGAGCUCUUGAAGUGCUCCCAGGCUGAUAAACUGCAGAGCAGUCUGCAAGAGAAACUUGCGCAGGAGAAAUCUAAAGUAUGCGAAGCACAAAAAAAGAUUUCAAAACUCCAGCAAAAGCUAAAAGAUUCACAACACCAACUCCUGCUGGCAGAGGCCCGUGUUUCAGACAAGAAACUCCUAGAGGAGGAAUUAAAGGAGGCCCGAGAAAAUGAAGCUCGUGUGCAGCAAGAACUUCACGAGGAGCAGCUGAAAAGGAAGCUCCUGGAGCAGCAGGUGGAGGAACUGCGGCAGCAGCUCCGGCAUUCGCGGGAGACGGAGGCGUCGCUGGCCAAGAUGCACGUGGAGCUGCAGGCCAAGACUCUGCAUGUCCUAGAAGAUGAAAGGAAAACUGACUCGAGCGAGCACCUCCAGUGUCAGAAGGAGAACCAGAAGCUUUCAGAGCAACUUUCACUGCUGAAGGAGGAAAACAAAGCCCUUUAUGAGGAAGGAGUCCGUCUCCUGAACCAGAAGGACCUGUAUGUCAGGAAAUACAACGAAAUGCAGCUCCGCCACAAAAACAAGAUGCGCAGGGCCAAGGAGACUUUUAUCCAUGAGGUGAAACAAAGGGAUGGCAGAAUUAAACAGCUUGAAAAUGAGCUCAGCGAGUCAAAGCUCCAAGUGGAAAAGGGGAAGGCGCUGAUUGCACAGAUCACUGCUGAGAAUGAGAAAUUACUCCAGGAAAGACGACGGCUCCUCCAGAAGAUAACUGACCAAGAGGAGACCCCUUGGAGCACCCGGUCUACGAUUGCCACCCUGCAGAGCAGGUAG